AUGAGUGCCUUUAUUCCGAGAAUCGAGCAACUGUCUACCCGAGUAGUGAGAGUUUUGGGUUGUAAUCCGGGCCCGAUGACGCUGCAAGGGACCAACACGUACCUGGUCGGAACUGGGAACAGACGAGUCCUGAUCGACACGGGCGAGCCGGCGGUCCCGGAGUACAUCACCAGCCUGAAAGAAGCUCUGAGCAUGUUGAAAAGCAGCAUUCAGGAGAUCCUGGUUACGCACUGGCAUCACGACCACACGGGCGGCGUGGACGACAUUUGCAGGGAUAUCACAGGAUCCGAGAUCAGAGUCAGCAAGCUUCCCCGACCCGGCCGGAUCCAGGAGACUUCGGGAAGCAAGAAGUACACCUACUUGAAAGAUGGAGAUGUAGUCCACACGGAAGGAGCCACGCUGAAGGUGUUAUUCACGCCGGGCCACACGGAUGACCACAUGGCGCUACUCCUGGAGGAAGAACGGGCAGUGUUUUCGGGCGACUGCAUCCUCGGCGAAGGCACAGCAGUCUUCGAGGACCUCCACGACUACAUGAACUCACUCGGGGCACUGAUGCGAGCCGCCCCUCGCCUCAUCUACCCCGGUCACGGUCCCGUGGUCGAGGACGCCGUCGUCAAAAUCCAACAGUACGUCAGCCACCGCGAGGAGAGGGAACGACAGAUCCUGGCGACCGUUCGGGCGGAAGCGGGAAAGAGUUUUUCCUCCAUGGAGCUGGUAAAGAUCAUCUACAAGGACACUCCUGAGCAUUUGCAUCAAGCGGCCAACGUCAACCUGGUGCACCACUUGAAGAAAUUGGAGAAAGAAGGGAAGAUAAGUCAAGUGACGGCAGAAUCGGCAAAGGACAAAACAUGGAAGAGCAACCUGUGA